UCCAAAAAUAUUUAUUCCCUUCACUUUUUUUUCUAUUUAUUUAUUCACUUGCCAAUCUUUUUUUUUGGCUAUUUUUAUAUUUAUUAAUUGGCCCACUCUUUUUUUUUACUUUUUUUUGCUUUUUGUUUAUUCGCUUAUAUCCACUGUUCUCUCCAUACUUUUCUCAAUUUUUUGCCAAAAUUUUUUUUCUAAAAAUUUGAGGCUUCUGGCACUAGUUCAUUUAGUACUUUAGACAUUAAUUACAUAAAUAUUCCUCUAAGUUUGUUAAAAAUAUUUUUCAAAAAUACCCUCCUACCCGUCAUUGAUGCCUCUAUCCCCUUCCUGAUAUUAUGAAUUUUUUCCUGGAUUUAUUUAUUUAUAUUUUAUUUUCCCUGGACCGAUAUCAUCCUUUCUUAAGCCCUGCAAAAUUGAAGCUCCUCACCAAGGAUGCGUAGGGUUACUCGAAUCCGUAUUCGACACAAACCCACCCCCGACUUUUUUUCCUCGACCAAGCUUCUCCAGUCCCCGCAUAACCUUUCUCUGGCAUUCGAGGUACAACUCAAAUUCGAUCACUUUAUUACGUCACAAAACAAUUUCACACCAGGGAUGAUUACCUCCUGUCCUAACCCCUUUCCCACCUUUCUCAACUAA